GAGCUAACGAGGAAUACUAGUUAAAACAAAAUUGUAUUCCAAAACCAAACAUCCGUUAUCUUAAAACCCUAAACCUAACAAAUCAACAGAUUCAACACACACCUAUAUAAUAUCCUGCGUCUCACCUUAUGAUUUUCCUCUAGACUUGAUUUCUCGACUUCAUAACCAAGGAAAACCCUAGACAUGGCACCAAAGAAGGAUAAGGCGCCCCCACCAUCUUCAAAGCCUGCAAAGUCCGGCGGUGGCAAGCAGAAGAAGAAGAAAUGGAGCAAGGGAAAGCAAAAGGAGAAGGUGAACAAUAUGAUUUUGUUUGACCAGGCAACAUAUGACAAGCUUCUCUCUGAGGUUCCCAAGUUUAAGCUAGUGACUCCAUCUAUAUUAUCGGACAGAUUGAGGAUAAAUGGCUCACUAGCACGCAGAGCAAUCAAGGAUCUGAUGGCCGGAGGUUCUAUUAGGAUGGUAUCUGCUCAUGCUAGCCAGCAAAUAUACACUAGAGCCACCAACACCUAGGAGACACAUGCAAUUUCCCUACUAUAGCAUUAUUAUAAGGAAGCUAGUUCAUUUUUGUUCUUUCUUUCUUUACAUCAAUCUUAUCGACGAGGCUUAAAUUAUGUUCCCUUGCCUUUUUUUGUUAUUCAGUGGCUGAAAUCCUUUCUUGAUUCUACUGGAUCCAUCCCUACCCUAGUAACCCUAUUAAUACUGUUCAGUGAAAUGGAUUUCCCAUUUUAAAUUUUGCAGGAUUAAAUACUUGUGUCAUUAUUUGCACUAAGAAAUAAAUAUAUGAUUUCUGCAUAAAGCAGGGAGCUUCAA